CUGCAUUAGAAUAUAGAUGUUGUUAUGACUAAUAGUUAUGACUACCGUGAAAGUGGGUCAUGGACUGUUUUUGAACAUUGGUGUUGUUCAGUGGCCCAAAAACUGAUAAAACAUGCGUCUGUGCACCUGGAUAAGAAUAACUGAUACAUGUACGUGUACUGAAGACUUUGCCAGAUCAAUGUCUGACAUUUUGCUGAACAAUGUGGACUAAAGGACGAUGGAGACGGAAGGUGUGACGCACUAGAGGAAAACUAUGCAGUGAACAUCUCGUGUACUAAGGAACAGGCAUAGGAGUCGUGCAGUGUGGCACCUCUGGCGGAGGGAGCUACUGACUGUGAACGGUGCAGGGGUUUGUUUAUAAACAAGAGGGCUGCACGUGUUCAAGUACUGGCGCCUCGACCAUGGCUUUUCCAAUAACUUUAGAAAAUCGGAUCAAGCUUCAGAAAAACUGGGAAGCCAUUUGUACGGACUUAGUUGUCAAGCACGUUUCCCACAAGCUAGUCACCAGAGGUAUUCUGACCCAAAAGGAACUGAAUGAUAUAUUAAAAGAAAGAACUCAACUUGAGCAGACUCAGAAGCUCCUUACUCUUUUAUUAACCAAGGACAAUCAAUACUUCGAGUGUUUCCAAGCAUGUUUGCAAGAGGACUAUAGUUGGUUGUCAGAUGGACUGUCGGGAACUGUUGUAACUGGAGAAGACACAGAGACGUUUACAGCGUCUGUCCUAGAUCAGUGUUCUCUCCCCCAACCCCCUGUAUGCUUUGAAGGACGCUCUGAUGAGGUUGAGAAGAUAACGCAGCUUUUCCUUAACGGCGGUCGGCUAGCCAUCAUCCAAGGGUCUGGUGGGCAAGGGAAGACCGCCCUUGCUACGGUUGUUGGUCACAAAUUUGUCUCAAGAUUUGGAAUCCGCUCCGUUAUGGCGGACCUGAAAAAUGUUUCCACCGAGUUAGAUAUUGUUACGUCCUUGUUAUUAGCUUUAAAAUUGGAUACGGGUCUAGAUUCAGAACACUCUGACCCAGAGAAACUUCUCACAAGAGCUUGCAAGGAAAUAGCACAGUUUGGGCAAAAGAUAUUGAUAAUUCUAGACAAUUGUGAGACCACCGUGAGAAAAGACACACUUGAUUAUUUCCAUGGUUUGUUAAACAAGUUAAACACAAACUGCAAAAAUGCAUAUGUAUUAUGCACGUCACGCGACACGAUUCAUUUACCCAACAUGAAGGUUCAUGUCCACCAACUCGACUCCCUGUCACAGUCAGCAUCCUUGUCCAUUCUCCGCUGGUAUUCCCCUACCCUGGACCGUGAAGAAGGGAACAUUCUAGGUACGAAAUGCGGAUUCAUGGCGUUGUUACUCCAUAUUUUGGGGUAUCUGCUUAAACAAGGAAUGAAGGCCACCGAUUUGGUAAAAGAGCUUGCAUGUAGCGUAGAAUUUUACAAAAAACUAUUUGGUUUAGGACCGGAACUGCAAGAUGUUUACGCUUGCAUCAACCUUACAUAUAAACGACUGAGCCCUAAGGAACAGAUGGCAUGUCAACUUCUGUCAGUCUUCCCGUCAAAAUUUACCGCUGAAGAGGCCUUUGCCUUGAUAAGCAAUGAAUUCCAAGAUAUCACAUCACUAGAGACUCAAAAAGUACUCCGGACUCUGUGUAACACCUCGAUGCUUGCGUAUGACAAGAAAAGACAAGAAUAUGACAUGCACAGCAUAAUUCAGGCCUUUGCUCAAUAUGAAAUGUCAGCAGAAAACAAGGAGCGAUUCAAUAUUCAUUUUUUAAAUUUCAUGGAACCUAGUUUAAGCGAUCUGAACAGAAAGGAUCACCGUGAAGGAGUGUCUUAUUUUGAAAGAGAAAGAGAUAGGUUUGCUAAAUGUAUUGACAUUUUCAGUAUCCUAUCACUUUCGUCAAGGCAAAAUCUCUACGGCAAAAUGAAGGAGUUUGCAGUGCGUCUCUCUGCCCUACACAGGUACCACCAUGCAUUUCGCGUCUAUAAAACCCUGUUAGCAACCGUCCUUGAAGUUGGGGGAAUUGCAAACAUUGCUGAAAGUGCUUUUAUAUACAGUACCAUCGGCCUUUUGCAUAUGCGCAUCAGAGAGAUACCAGCUGCCAUUGAAAACCUGACGAAAGCAAUUGAGAUAUACGACUCCCUACCAGAUAAAUGCAGUCAUGAACAAUAUUUUCACAGUAUCUUUAAUCUUUGGUCAACAUAUGUUUUGGAACAUAAAAUUUCAGAAGCAUGCAUGUUGCUCGAGAACCAUAAUGCGAAAGCUCCUGGUGAUUUUUCAAGAUUUCUUUUUACAAUGUUAAAAAACGCGACCAAGUCUGAAGAAAUGCCGCAAGAUAUUAAUUCUGUUCUGGGACCGUUGUUUAACAAUUCUAUACACUCACAUAGUUUACAUGAAUCAUUUGAGAACUGCAUGCAUAGUGGCACCCGACAUGCACCGACUGAGAUAAUGGUUGGAGAAUUUGACAAUUUUAUCGGGGAAGGUAUGCAAAACUUCCUUGUCGAUAUGGCACAAUUUUCGUUCCCUAUGGAAAAAAGUGGAAACUUAAACUUAAUAGAUCAGGGAACCAAAAUAGAGCAGGAAAUAAUAAAGCUGGACAAUGCAGACGGUGCAGUCGAUGCCAUCAGGACAGAAGUGGCUAUUUUGGAAAAUAUCCUGGGAGAAAACCACAAGAUGACUGCAAACUCAAUUCAUGGGCUGGGUUGUGCCUUGUCAGCACAGGGAAAACAUGCAGAUGCCCUCAGUACAUUCCAAAGAGCUCUACGUAUAUUUGAAAAAGUGUCUGGCGAAUGUCCGGAAACAGCCUAUACCCUCCUCAGAAUUGGCCAGGAAAUGAUAAAUCUGGGCAAUGCAGACGGUGCAGUCGAUGUCCUCAGGAAAUCUGUGGCUAUGUGGGAAGAGAUGAUGGGAGAAAACCACAAGAUGACAGCAGCUACGAUCAGUUUGCUGGGUUGUGCCUUGUCAGCACAGGGAAAACAUAAAGAUGCCCUCAGUACAUUCCAAAGAGCUCUCCGUAUAGGUGAACACGUGUUGGGUGAUAGCGCUAUCACAGCUAAUACGAUGUUCUACCUGGGCCAGGAAAUGAAGCUUAUAGGCAACAUUAAGGAGGGCCUUGAGAUGCACCAACGAGCUCUGGACAUACGUCGCUCUGUACUUCGGGACCACGAAGACACCUUGCGCAGCCUUGAAGCUGUUGCUGAUCUCUUGGACCUCAACGGGAAACCCUCGGAGAGUGCAGAUAUGAAGAUGGAAGCCACCGCCAUGAAGGAAAAAAUUGCACGAACCGUUAUAGAGGGAUCUGAAUAUGAAACCUCUAUAAAAGCUGCACAGAGACAGUUGGAAGACCUGGACCUCGGGUCAAAUCCAGGCAACCCAUCAGCAGGCAAAGGAUGCAAAGGACAACACGCAGAUGCCCUCAGUGAAUACCAAAGAUUACUUUGCAUGCAGGAGAAAAUGUCGGGUGAAAGUAUCGGAGCAGCCUAUACACUUCAUAACAUAGGCACGGAAUUGUUGAAACUGGGUGAUACGGACGGUGCAGUGCAUUCCCUCAGGGAAGCUGUGGCUUUGAGUGAGAGGUUACUAGGAAAAACCUCCGAGGGAACAUUAGCUUCUAUGAAUAAUCUUGCAGCCGCCCUGUCAAGAAGGGGUAACCACGCAGAUGCCCUCAGCAUACUUAAGAGAGUACAUAGUUUACAGGGCAAAAUGUUGGGUGAUAGUCCCAGUAAAGCCAAUGCACUUUAUAACAUGGGUAGAGAAAUGUACCUACUGAGUGAUGAAGACGGCGCAGUCAGCGCCCUCAGGGAAGCGAUGACUAUAUAUGAGACAUUGGGAAAAACCCACGAGCAGGCAGUAGCCACGAUAGCUUUUCUGGGAUUUGCCUUAGCAGAACAAGGGGAACACACAGAAGCCCUUAGUACAUUGCAGAGAGCUCUCCGUAUGGAGGAACAACUGUCAGGUAAAAGCCCCAGAACAGCUUUUCUGAUGUUCAACGUGGGCCAGGAAAUGAAGCUAAUAGGUGAUAUUAAGGAGAGCCUUAAGAUGCACCAACGAGCUCUGGAUAUACAACGCUCUGUACUUGCUGACCACGAAGACACUCUGUGCAGCCUUGAAGCUGUUGCUGAUCUCUUGGACCUCAACGGAAAACCCUCGGAGAGUGCAGAUAUGGAGAUGGAAGCCACCGCCAUGACUGAAAGAUUGGUAGCUGUGAAAUUAGAGGCCCAAAAUAUUGAACGAGCCGCUAUAGAGGGAUCUGAAAAUGAAACCUCUCUAAAAGCUGCACAAAGACAGUUGGAAGACCUUGUCUUCGGGUCAAAUCCAGGCAAACCAUCAGGAGGCAAAGGAGGCAAAGGCCAACACACAGAUGCCCUCAGUGCAUACCAAAGAUUACUUUGUAUGCAGGAGAAAUUGCCGGGUGAAAGUAUCGGAGCAGCCUAUACACUUCAUGACAUUGGCACGGAAUUGUUGAAACUGGGUGAUGCAGACGGUGCAGUGCGUUCCCUCAGGAAAGCUGUGGCUAUAAGGGAGAAGAUACUGGGAGAAACCUACGAGGAAACGUUAGUUUCUAUGCGUGAACUGGCACGUGCCAUGUCAGCACAGGGAAACCACAAAGAUGCCCUAAGUACGUACAACAGAGCACUUCAUGUAAAGAAACGAGUGUUGGGCGAUAGUCCCAGUACAGCCACCACAAUUCACAGCAUAGGUAAAGAAGUAUCAGACCCUGGCUUUCCCAAAGCUGAAAUGGAGGACCAUUCAGAAGAGGUGAAAAGCACAAAGAGUAUUGUUGCAUUUGGAAGGUGGGGUGAGUAUCUGCAGGUCCAUCUGUAUGAUGAGAGUGCAUCGAAGACUUCUAUUUCUGAUGACGAACUAAAAGAGAUGUUGCAGGAAUACAGUAUUCCUCAAGACAAAAUUCUAAUAGUCCGCCAAACCAUACGUCCACAACUCGUUUUCUUCGGCUCUGCUCCUACCCCAGGAUCAAAGAUCCAUCGUGCGGGUGAUUCAAGAUAUGGUACUCUCGGGGCAUAUGCCAGUUCCUCAGAUGACCCAGAUAAUGGUUAUGUUUUGACAUGCUGGCACGUUACAAAAGGUGUCAGUGAAUUUUACAUGGCGACUGAUGGGCCAGAGAAUACGCGAGGAGCUGAAGAGUCUGAAAGUUGCAGUUGCGUCAAAGGAGAGCGGAUAUUGUCAAUCGAGCCUGGAUAUCCUCCUGGAAGCAAAGUUGAUUUGUCUAUAAUUAAGUUUAAUGGCAUCAAAAAGAAGCAGGAACCGGCGAUUGCCAGGGAGAUGACACAAGACGUACAACAGCUUGGUCGCAGAAAAGUAUUUAAAGUGGGUGCUACGACGGGGAUGACGACGGGAACAAUUAUGGGUACCAAAUAUUAUAUAUCUGAUGAAAUUAAGGAAACGUAUGAAAACCUGGUAUUAAUCAUUCCAGAUUCCUCGUGUGGGCCUUUUGCCCAAAAAGGUGACAGUGGAUCUAUUGCAAUUUUGGAUGAUAAUUCAAAGUUGGUUUCUAUGGUUACUGGUGAAAUUUCAGGUUUUCAGUAUUAUGAUAUCAACCAUGACCCCCCGGAGCUAAUAACAGGUGAUCCACCUGUGAUUUCCUCGUUUUCGAUCUAUGAGGGAUUAGAAGCAGCAUCGACGAAAGACCGACAGUGGACAGUUUUCGAUGACACGGCAUAUGAAUGUAACGUUAAAGGAGAAUGCCCAAAGCCGGGAUCAUCUGUACAGCUGGAACUGAUUCAGUACUAUCAAAUCUUAAAGCACAAUUGA